AUGAUGUGGGCGCUGGGUCGCUGGCGGGCGUGGCGAGCCCCGUGUGGGCCCGGGACUCGGCGGGGUCUGGCACGACGGCGGAACCCGGAGGGUGCGGCAGGCGCGGAUCGGGAGGGCGGGGGGCCCAUUCCCUUCUCCGGCAGCAAGGCCAGUCCGCGGUUUUGGAGCGUCAGCCGGUCGAUGGGGAGCGACCACGAGAGGCCGUCGGUGAACGUGCUGCCCCUUAGUGUACUAGGCACGUGGCUGUUGCUAUGGUGUGUGUUCAGAGAGAAAAGGGAGACCGACGAGCGACUGGAAGCAGUUCUCUCCGGCCAGAUCGUGGUCUCAGACACGGUCCAGGAAAGCAGUGCCCCCCUUCAGCUGCUGAAGGAGGACUGAGGACGGGAGUGCGGCUGCGGUGAGGGAGCUGACAAAAGUUUGCUGGCAUUCACCUGGUUAAAAGCUGUACUGGCACUGUAAUGAAAAAAAACUUGUUUUUCUAGUUUUUCGGCAGCCUUAUCUUGAAAGUUUGAUUUCUUCAAGCUGUUUUCUGUGCCGGUCUUGCCGUAGUAAUUUCACUGGUAGGAAAAGGUGUCGUUUCUGAAUUGUGCAGGUAGGGAUGAACAGGAUGUAUUGCAAAUCAACUUGAACUUGAAGGAAAGUUUUAUACAACCCAUCGUUUUUCUAUGGAUCAUUUUUCUUAGCGGAUUGUUGUAUUAAAAAAUACCUAAUGUGAUUGUCUGUGAAAUUGCUGCUUAAGGUGACUUUCAUUUGACAUUUUGGUAGUUACAGAAUAUGUUCAGUUUAUAUUGAAGACAACUGUAAAGGAAUGAUUCUUUACUAUGCAGUUGUGUUCAGAAUUUUUUUCCUUUUGUGUGUAAUUCCACUCACUAAUGUAGAAAUUACCUUCAAGGGUGCAUGCUUUCUGGACUAGAACUUUCUAGGCAUGGUUGAUUUAGAUGGUCAACACUGGCAGGAGAAUAUUUUGCCCAAAAUAAAAAUGUUUGGCUUGCAUUGAGGAUGUCGCAUUGAACAAUACAGUACCUAGGCUUUUUGUGCAGCUUCAUAGAUAUUCAAGCUUGCACUCUGGAAACUUUUCUUGGAGAGGAGGAAUGUAAAAUACUAACACGACCUAGUUCCCUUCAAAAUUAGAGGCUUUUCUUAAGUUUUCAAAUGUAAAAAUGGAAAAUCACGUAUGCGUCAUGAAAAUCCCUAAUUAAAACCCAAACACAGAACUGCCCAAACACAGCUUCCUCCACAGCUUUCUCCUUUGAACCGGCCUUAGCCCAAAGCUGCUUUUACUGCUCUGCCUACUGUUAGGAUUCUGAAAACCACAAAGCCCAGAGCUCCAGGCCUGCUGUAGCUACAAAAGACACGCCAAGGGGAACACAGAAUUGCCACAACAUGUCUCCUUCCCCACAUUUCUGCUUGGCACCAGCCUCACCUCCAUGCACCUUUUGCUCCCUCACUAAUGGUUUCGGAUAUGCCUAGGUUUAACAUUAUGCCUAGAGUUAGGGUUAGCAUUAGGAUUAGAGUUUGGGUUUUUAACGGCUUGAAUUCAGGGGAACAAUCCCCCUUUUUCCGUCAUAUAAGAAAGUUAGGAAAAGGGUUAGGGUUAGGAUUUUAAGGGCUUGAACUGAGGGGGAAAUCCCCCUUUUUCCAUCAUAUAAGAAAUUUAAAGUGAGGAGAACCUCUCUUUUCCCAGUAUUUUGGGGGACUAAGUUAAGUUAGGGUUUGGGUUAGGGUUAGGGUUUUUAAGGGCUUGAAUUGAGGGAAAUCCCCCUUUUUCCAUCAUAUAAGUCUCAUGGGUGUAAUUGAACUUUGGAUUCUGCAAUGUAGUUUUGGUGAUUUAUAAUUUAUAUAUUAUCCAAAAAUCUUCAUUGGAAAUGUUAUGUAACCAAUUAUGUACUCUUAAACCUCAGUCAAAGACUCAAAGUGUGAAUAUCCUGCUGCCUGUAAUGCUCAGGAAACUCUCUUAAUUCAUCGAGACUUGCUGAGAACCCCGUUGUUUGAUCAGAUGAUAGACAUGUUGAGAGUAGAACAGGUUAGUCACUCAUACUUGAGUUUUGUUUUGUGGUUUUUGUCUGGUUUCUUUCUAAAACUUUAGAAGCAUUUGGUCUGGCUGGUGUAGCCCUGUUUACAUGGCAUAACAUUUUAGUUACUCAUCUGUGUCUUUGUGCAUGUCAAUGAACUUUGCUUCUCCACACAGCGUCAAGUGUUUCUGUAGAAAUGAUCUGAAAGCAGCUUAUUCAGGACAGCUGCAGUCUGUUAUUGGGAUACCUUUGCUAUAUACUUCCUUGUAUAUAGCAAAAAUAAUCUUCUGCCACAAAAGAAUAUGCACCACCUUUCUCUACCUUUUCAAAUUCAGUCAGAUGCAAAGCCUUGUCUUCCUGAAUCUAUUAAUUUAGCUUCUUACCCAAGUGAAUUUCCGUCUGUUUUUAUGCUUUCUGAAUUUGCUUCAUACAUGCGUUUUUUUUAAAUUCUCCUCUUGGAUGCCCUUUGUUCCCACCCAUUUUCCCUCCUGGUAUGUCAAAGGAUAUCAAAAGGCCAGCUUUUAUGAUAUCAACAUUAGUUGUUGUGAAAAAUGCAUAUUUUAUGAUUGGCUUUACGCAAUAGUUACAAUGAAUAUUAUAUGUGUAUUGUUGGAAAGUUAUGCUGUAUUAAUUCUCUCAAGUAGUGUGUUGAAUGUAUUUUUAGGUUAUAACACAAUGUUAAAAUAGAAACUAUACUAUGUAAGAUACUUUUUAACUAUCUCAAGAAAGAGAUGAGAUAAUCAAGGAAUUCUUCGCACAAGGAUAACAAUUACAGAAACCCCUAAAUUUUCCAGAGGAGAGGAAUUUAUGGCUUUCCUUAUCAACAGAAACGAACUUCUUCAAGCCUGAUUGAGACUCAAAGGGAAUUAACAGAAACUUUUGGACAAGUACCAGACGAAGUUCUUGUUUUAAAUAAAAUAUAUGCAUAAUCAUGAAGUGUUUUGUAUAUGCAACAGGCUAUUGCUUUUAAGGUGAUUCCUUUGUUCACAAGACAUGCUUGUCGUGGCUUAAGUGCCCGAGAGCAUCCGGACGUCCCUAACUCUUUGCUUUUUAUUGUCUUGCAAUUGUCCUAACUCUAAAUUUUUAUUACUCUAAUUGUAUUACUAUUUUUAUAACAAUUUUAUUAUUAUUAAACUUUAAAACUUGUAAAAACCAA